UCUUGGUCUUAUUUCGGCUGCUUGGCUCAUCUCCCAGCCACCUUCAGUUGAAAUCAGCCAUUGAAACCGUCAACACCGAAGCUCUUUAGUUCUGGGUUCUAGCUUUAUAUUACUUCAAGUUCUUUAACGAAAUAAAAAUUACAAUGCGAUUGUUUGGCACAACAUUCUUAUUGGUGGCCGUGAUUGCGGUGGCUUCGACAGCGCCUCUGGAGGAAGGCGAGAGGGAAGAAGCUCUGCAUUUCGGAUUUCACACGGAAAAUGGCCAUCAAAGAACAGAGGACAUCACAUACACAGUGAAGCCGGAAACAGAUUUGGACCCCAAGGGGACGACCACGCCAAAACCUGUGGAGUACCGAGGGGGCUACAGCUUCAUCUCAGCAGAUGGCUAUGAGUACCAGGUCCUCUAUAAGGCCAACAAAAACGGAUUCCAGCCCUAUGUGACUGCCCAUAAAAUCAAGCCGGAUAAGAGCUAAAAAAGUAUCACUUUUAUAUUUUCUUUGUUUUGUGAUAGAUAAUUAAAGAUCCGCAUAAUUUAUCAGUGUAUUAA